AUGGAAAUUUCAAUUAAUAAAUGUUCGGUAUUACAUAUUGGCAACAAUAACUCUUCACAAUCUUAUUUAUUAAACGAUAAAGUAAUUCAGGUAGCCGAUUGCAUUAGAGAUUUAGGAGUUAUAAUUGAUAAUAAUUUUUCUUUCUCAUUCCAUAUUGAUUACAUAAUUAAAAAGACAUACUCCUUAAUACAUCUAUUUUUUAAAUUUAUUAAAGUCCGAAUAUUAAAAAUAUGGGUUCUCAUCUAUAAAAUAUAUAUUAGGCCAAAUUUGGAAUAUGCAUCUCAAGUUUGGAGUCCGCAAAAUAAUAAGGAGAUAAUUAAAAUAGAAAAGGUCCAAAAAAUGUUUACGAGAGUUAUUCUUAAGAAAUGUGGCUUAGCACCCCGACCUUAUCCAGAAAGACUUAAUGUUUGCCAGCUUAGACAGUUGAGCAGUAGAAGGGCGUCUGCCGAUUUAUGCAUGGUCUUUAAAAUUAUUAAGAAUACCACUAAUCUUAUUCCUACCGAUUUCUUUACUUUUUCUAAGCGCUGUAGCCGAAAACCGCAUUUUAUACUUAAUUCAAAAUAUGAUUUUAGAAAUAAGCAAGAUUUCUUUAUUAGAAUGAUACUUAAAUGGAAUAGUUUGCCUGCUGAAAUUACAAAGUUAUCCAACAUUAAAAAUUUUAAGAAAAGUAUUGACACCCUAGUUCAGUAA